CUCCAUAAUAUAGGAAGCUACAAUCAUCCUAACCCGGAUGUUCCCGAAGAACUAUCCGUAUAAUACGUUAUCUACAUGCUCUGUUCUGUACAAGCAAUUUGCUUAAUACAUCUUUGGAUGUUAGCACAUUACUAUACAACAUAAUUGUAAUGGUCAAGCUACAACUGAGAACUGAUUACUGUUUUCUUACUAUUUUCUCUGUUUUCAAUCGUCAAUGGCGGCUCGCAGCAUCUCAUCUCUUGUUUCUCGCUCCCUCCCUUCGCUUUCUCGCUACGGCAGAGGAAUUUACCGGUACGGCACGACCUCAGCUCAGGAGCCAAUUAAGCCACCUGUUACUGUAGAAUAUGAUAAGCUUCUCAUCAAUGGGCAAUUUGUUGAUGCUGCAUCAGGGAAAACUUUCCCAACAUUGGACCCCAGGAGUGGAGAGGUAAUUGCACAUGUUGCCGAAGGUGAUACAGAAGAUAUAAAUCGAGCAGUUGCUGCUGCACGGAAGGCGUUUGAUGAAGGGCCUUGGCCUAAAAUGACUGCCUAUGAGAGAUGUCGAAUAAUGCUUCGUUUUGCCGAUUUGGUAGAAAAGCAUAAUGAUGAAAUUGCUGCACUUGAGACUUGGGACAAUGGCAAGGUUUACGAACAGUCUGCUCAUAUAGAAAUACCAAUGCUUGUUAGGCUAUUUCGUUACUACGCUGGCUGGGCGGAUAAAAUUCAUGGGCUUACUAUUCGAGCUGAUGGGCCUUAUAAUGUUCAAUCUUUGCAUGAGCCAAUUGGCGUAGCUGGCCAGAUUAUACCGUGGAACUUUCCUCUAGUGAUGUUUGCUUGGAAAGUUGGCCCUGCACUGGCCUGUGGCAACACCAUUGUUCUUAAAACAGCAGAGCAGACACCGUUGUCUGCUCUCCUGGUAUCAAAAUUAUUUCUUGAGGCUGGCCUCCCUGAUGGUGUUCUAAAUGUUGUUUCUGGAUUUGGUCCAUCGGCUGGUGCCGCGCUUUGCAGCCAUGUGGAUGUGGACAAGCUUGCUUUCACUGGUUCAACAGCCACAGGCAAAAUUGUUCUUGAGUUGGCAGCGAAAAGCAAUCUUAAGCCAGUUACUCUGGAACUUGGGGGAAAAUCACCUUUUAUUGUUUGUGAGGAUGCAGAUGUGGACAAAGCUGUUGAGGUAGCACAUUUUGCUCUAUUUUUCAACCAGGGACAAUGCUGCUGUGCUGGUUCUAGGACAUUUGUUCACGAGAAGGUUUAUGAUGAAUUUGUGGCGAAAGCAAAGGAACGUGCCAUGAAACGCAGUGUGGGUGACCCCUUCAAGACAGGCAUGGAACAAGGUCCUCAGAUUGAUGCAGAACAAUUCAACAAGAUCCUCAAGUAUAUUAAAUAUGGUAAGGAAUGUGGUGCUACCCUCGAAACUGGUGGUGAUAGAUUUGGCACGAAGGGAUAUUACAUUCAGCCAACUGUCUUCUCUAAUGUGCAGGAUGAUAUGCCGAUUGCAAAGGAUGAAAUCUUUGGUCCGGUGCAAACUGUUUUGAAGUUUAAGGACAAUGAGGAAGUGAUUCGGAGGGCAAACAACAGCCCGUAUGGUCUUGCUGCAGGAAUAUUCACUCAGGAUCUUGACACUGCUAAUACGCUAACACGGGCAUUGAGAGUUGGGACGGUAUGGGUUAAUUGUUUCGAUACUUUUGAUGCUGCAAUUCCGUUUGGUGGCUACAAAAUGAGUGGAAUCGGGAGGGAAAAGGGAGAAUAUAGUCUCAAGAACUACUUGCAAGUUAAGGCCGUCGUUACCUCUCUCAAAAACCCGGCAUGGUUGUGAGACUUGGAAAAAGUUGGGCUGAGUUUCGCAUGAAUCAGCCGAUGAAGAUGAUUGAAAGAAUAUUUCACCUUUCUACACCUAGUAAUUGGGAUUUUAGAAGGAUUAUCCAUGGUAGAGUCCGAAUCCCGUGUUUAUGCAAGAUUAUGUGUUGUUUUCUCUUCAACCACCGCAGAAGUAAAGGAAAUCAUGAUGAACUUGAGUUCUUAUGUUAACGCGGUAAUUUCUACAUGAUUGAUAUAAACUUUCAACUCUAA